AUGGCCAAGCUGUUUGACGCCAGCGAAGUCGCCAGGCACAACACCGCAGAAAGCUGCUGGGUUAUCUUGUACGGCAAUGUCUACGACGUGACCGACUUUCUCUCCUCUCAUCCCGGCGGCUCCAAGAUUAUCCUCAAGCUUGCUGGCCAGGACGCGACGCAAGACUUUGACCCCGUGCAUCCUCCCGGCACCAUUGAGGAGAACCUCAAACCGGAAGCCAACCUGGGCCAGGUGAAUCCCGAAACGCUGCCGAGCCCGAUAUCCACCUCCCCAAAGGAGACGCCCUGCGAUGACCAUGACUAUCUCCCCCCCCUGGAGUCGCUGCUCAACCUCGACGAGAUCGAGGAGGAAGCUACGAAGCGCCUCUCCAGGAAGGCAUGGGCGUAUUACUUCUCGGCCAGCGACGAUUUAGUGUCCAAGACGCUGAACAGCACAGCGUACCGCGACAUCCUCCUCCGGCCGCGCAUGUUUGUCGACUGCACAGAGUGUCAUCUCUCGACGACGCUUCUUGGCCACAGGGUUGGCGUCCCCUUCUUCGUCUCGCCGGCUGCCAUGGCGAGACUGGCGCACCCAGAUGGCGAACGCGGCAUUGCCAGGGCCGCCGCACGCUUCAACACCCUGCAAAUCAUCUCCAACAAUGCCUCCAUGACGCCGGAGCAGAUUGUCGACGGUGCGCCGGCCGACCAAAUGUUCGGCUGGCAGCUCUACGUCCAGAACGAUCGGCAAAAGAGCGAGGCCAUGCUGAGGCGCAUCAACGCCAGAAAAGACCGGUUCAAGUUUGUGUGCCUGACUCUGGACGCACCAGUCCCGGGCAAGCGUGAGUUGGACGAAAAGUCCAACUUUGACAGGGGCAGCAGCAACAUGGUACAAGCUGCUGUGACGAGCGCGAGCGGGAGCGGGAGCGGCAGCCAGCGACCCGGCGGCGGCGGCGGCGGCGGCGGUGGCGUCGGGCAACAGCUGUUUUUCGGCACGGCGAGCGAUUUGACGUGGAAGACGACUUUGCCCUGGCUGUCCAAGCACACGGAGCUGCCCAUUGUGCUCAAGGGCAUUCAAACUCAUGAAGAUGCCUAUCUCGCUGCGCAGCAUGCCCCCCAGGUGAAGGCAAUUAUACUGUCAAACCACGGCGGAAGAGCAAUGGAUACAGCGCCGCCCGCUGUACACACCUUGCUGGAGAUCCGCCACUACUGUCCCGAGGUGUUUAGCAAAAUCGAGGUCUGGGUCGACGGAGGCAUCAGAAGAGGAACAGACAUCGUCAAGGCUCUUUGCCUGGGAGCCAGGGGCGUUGGUCUUGGUCGUGCGCCGCUCUUCGGCCUCGGAGCAGGAGGUCAGGCCGGCGUCGAACGAACUUUUGAAAUUCUUCAGGCCGAGACAGCUACAUGCAUGCGGCUGCUGGGAGUGAGGAAGAUAUCGGAACUCGGACCCCAAAUGAUCAACACUCGACGCGUGGAGAGGGACAUUUACAACGGGGAUCCGGGGUUGGACAAGAGGGGAUUGUGGACAAAGCCAAAGCUGUAA